UAACCUACUAAGUUUAUGCUGUAUUAGUUUUCAGCAAAUUGUUCGUUUUUUUAGCAAUUGUUUUUAAGCCAAAAACUGUCCAGUAAUGAUUAAGGCUACUUUAGUUUCGGUUCUGCUUCUGGUUUGCUGUUGCAACGCUGGUACGAAAACGAAAUACCCAGCACACAACGCUCAAGAUGACAUCAAAAAAGUUGCUUCUUAUGGUAGUUGGACAUGGAAUGUGUCAUCAAACUGUAAUCCUGCUUGUCGAACUGUAUCUUGGGAAAAAGUGGACGAAGUUGGCGUAAUCAAUGUCAAAUUUACAUUGUCGGGGCCCGACGUGGGAUACUUGGCUGUAUCCAUUUCUGAAAACGAAGACAUGGGCCCAGCUGAUGACGUAUACAUAUGUGUUGUGAUGCCACCUGCAAACACAAGUGAUGUUGUAAUAACUUCUGGAUACCUUACUGGACACGGUCCAGCCACCGUCACUGGACCCGUUCCUACACAAUUGUCAAGUGUCGCAAAUGGUUCCGUUUCGUGUACGUUUUACCGCCCUUUGAGCGUCACGCGAAAUAUUAGCGGCACCUACCAUACGUGGGACGUUAACACAGGGACGUUCAACCUUCUCUACGCUGAGGGGCCAGUAACUGCUGCUGGUUCUAUUCGACGACACACAUAUCGUGCCUUUACGCACGGCGUAUUUAAUUUGUUUAAACCCGAAGGUACGGGUGCUGCAUCUUCCCUACAGGCUCAAUCUAUUGCAAUUCUUUCUUUGGUUGUCUGCUUUACGUACGCAUUAUUUUAAAUGGUCGAAUAAUAGAGACCAAUGCUUUACCUCAUACUAUUUAGAUAUAUUACGGUGGCGUAAUAUAGGACACCUUUAGCACAUAUUAUUAAAAUAUCCUGAUCGUGUUUUAAACAAACAACGGUCUAUGGGAGUCGUGAGGAUACGGUUUUAUAAUUAUUUGAAUGAUCUUUGUUUUUUACCAAAUUGGUCGGCAAGAUAUAAUUAAAAGGUGACCCUUUUUCCCCCACCCUACCAUAUAUUUAUACUUCAACUUAUUACAUACUUAUAUAUAAGCUACACAUAAAGUAGGGUAAAAUGUUUUAUGUUUUUAUUUUCUUUUAUGGCCCAUUUGGUAGUAAACAAAAAAAAAUUGCAAAAUUAUAUAACCGUAUCAUUAAAUCUAUAAUAUAAAGUUGGUAAUUGUUAAAAAAACGAAUUAGAAAAUAUUGGAUAUAGUGUGCUGACGCAUCCAUAUCUUACCUCCCAGUACAAUAUAGCUGUUAAAGUUUUUGCUGCAAACUUUAUUUAUUUAAGAGCAUUUCAAUAUAACUUUGAUGGAAA